GACCCGUGGGGCGGCGCGGCGGCGGCGCCGCGGAGCUCUGGCAGCGUGGCGCCCAGCCCCGUCGCCGACGCCAGCGGCAGCUGGACCGAAGGAGCUGGCGGCGGAGCUCGACGCCAUGCCCGAGCACCAGGCGCUCCACAGGGCCGUGGCCGAGACCGCCGCGGGCGCCGACGCGCAGCGCCCGCGCAGCAAGCGGGGCAGGGGCGGCGGAGUGCCUCCCGAGGGGCCUCCGAGGCAGCAGCAGCAGCAGCAGCGCGCGGGGGAGCCGGCAGGCGGCGCGGCGGGCCCGAAGAAGCGGCGGAGGCCGCCGCGGCGCAGGGAGGGCGCCGCCGCCGGCGCGGGCCCCGGGGCGGGCGAGGCCGACGGGCUGGUCCACGCUCGCAAGGGCCAGCAGGACAUCGAGGCAGCCUUCGGCGACGAGAGCAGCAAAGCUCUUCUUCCCGCGGUGAGCCAGCUGCACUUCAUGUUGGCGCUCUCUGGGCCGUUCGAGUUCUUGUCGAAGACGCUCCAUCGCCCGGUGAAGGUUGCUAGGCUGCGGAGGCUGGCGGGGGGCUACGGCUGGCGCGCGCCCGCGUGGCUCCUGGCCGCGCUGCUGUGGGCGUGGUCGUUGCCCGCGGCGUGCGCCCUGCUCGAGCUCGGCCCGCCGCCCCCGCGGAGCGCCGGCUCCGCCCCCGAGGACUCGCUCCGCGAGGAGCUCUCGCGCCGGCCGCUGGCCGUGGUCGCGCUGGGGCCAGCGUUCUGGUUGGCGGCAUCGCUUGCGGCCCUGGUGCUGGAGGCGCUGGCUCGCGCGGCCGCCUGCUGCCCAGCCUGCAAGCGAGCACCGGCAUUCACACGCCCUUGUUUCAGAAGGCCCAUGUACGCGCUGUUCUUCUGGGUCCGUCGGAGGACACCUGCCCUGCAGCUGAACGACUUCAAGCUGCUCACACGUGGUCCAAUUCGACCGUCGAACUCGGUUAUUCGAGUUGCGGUAUGUCUGGGCUAUUGGUCCGUGGUCUCCGAGAUGCUUGUCGUCGCCCUCGUGAGAGGCUAUUGGGUUAUUGGAGCGUUUGCAGCUUUUGCGAUCGGCGAGCUCUAUUGCAUAGGCACCGACUGGCUCCUCGCGCCCCCGGCCGGCGUCGCGGCGGAGGCCGAGAGGGCCCUGUGGUCCCGCGGGGGCGAGCUGCUUUGGUACCGUCUCCACCGCAGCAACUGCGAGACUUUCGAGAUGACUGCCUCCGAGGCCGCGGCCGCCCUGGCCGCCCCCCGCCCGCGGGCCGCGGCGCCCCGGCGCCUGAGGAGGGUGGUCGUCACAGACCUGAACGUCGCGCUGGCCGUGGGUUCCGAGGACGAGUGUGACAACGACGACUCCCAGGACUCGGAGGGGGACGACACGGCCGACCAGGACGAGGACGGGAACGAGGAGGACGACAGCGAGGACGAGAGCAGUUGA